AUGGCUAACGUAAAUCACCAACCUGGUAUGGCUAACGCAGCUCCCCGGCGAGAACUAGCAUUUAGAAUACGCUUACACCCACAAUGUCCUAUUGAUAUUCGUGCCGAUGAUAUAUGCAGUUCCUUUGACACACCUCAAAAGCCACUCUUGUCUGGUAACCAUACCGUUGUAGAAAUUGGACUUAUGGAACGCCGAGGAAUUUUUGCUUGGGUACGAGGGAUCAUCAAUGAGCUCGAAUCCUUCAAUCUGCACAGUAUCAACUUGGUACCUGCGCUUUGGGGACAGUUAUUCAAGAUCAUCCAGAAUCAUGCCUUCUUCAAGCGUUGGAUCUUCUCCCGCCCUAGACCUGGUCCAAUGGGUUUCUUGGCAUUUGUUUAUGAUCCUAGCGAAGAGCAAAAGUUAACUGAAGAAAAUGUUCUCGGUAGGGCUCAGAUCAUUUGGCAAGAAAUUGAAGCCGACUUGAAGGAUGAAGAGCCUAACCAAUUUAUCGCCGAAAUUUUCCAACAGGCGUACCAUAUCUGGCAAUAUAAAACCUGCAUGAAUAACAUGCUGAGGGAUUUUAGUGGUCAGCCACGCACGACGGAUCGUGAUGGGUUUCUAGAGCUUAUGCGCUACAGGUUACCACCUCCUGGUAAUCACCCAGUUCAGGUUCUCGCAGUUCCAGCCGCAGCUCUUCAGCCCGCUAAUCAACUCGCUCGCCCUCGACAAAAUCCCGUUGGCGCAGAUACUGGUAUUGUUGGUCAUGCUUCUAUCAUCGGAAAUCCUGGUAAUAAUCCUACUCGCCGAGCCACAAAUACUCGAACGGGUGCUAGACUAUCAACCGGUAUGUCUGUAGCUGCUAGUAGUUUGGAUAUUAGCGACAGUCAAUCAAUUGGGUCUGAAAACACAAAUCCUGCUUUCAAACAGCCCUAUGCGCCUAUGCCCACCUCUGAUCGUAAUACAGGCAGAAUGGUCAGCACUCUCACGGUUUCAGGCCCGGCCUUAACUCACGGCCUACGCAGAGCAAAUCGCAUCGUAUCUUCUGCCAUGCCUAACGCUAUUCAGACAGGUGGCUCUAACGCUGCUCAAGCAGGUGGCUCCAACGCUGUUCAGGGAGGUAACUCUAACGUCCCUGCUGCUUCAGCUCCUCAGAAUAACGGCAGCAAACUAAAUUGUAAGACUCAAGGUAAUAUACAGCCGCAUUCAGGACCAGGCGCUGCCAUGGGACAAUCUAGACCACUACAACCAAAUCUCCGUCGCCGCCGGAGCUCAAUACGCACACAAUGCCCACCACGCGUCCUAGUGCCCAACUCUGAAAGUUCGGGUAGCUCUGCCGCUAUUCCAGCGGUAACUCAAAAGCGACCUGCAACCACUAACAGCAACACUAGUUCUCUUGCAGGUCCUUCGAGACCCUCAGGCAAGAAGAUCAAGAUGGAAAAUCCUGAUGCUGAACGCUAA